CCCUAGCAAAGCGCAUUAGUACAGCGACUGCUCGCCCGACUGCACGUAUCAGUCGGCUCCAGCUCCGUAUUAAUUGUUUAAUCCAUGUGUAUACCAGCCAGAGGAGAAACAUGUAUUACUAUAUGGAAUUUAAUGAUCGGUUUAAUCAAGAGACCGUCACGACGGUGGAUUCUGCCAGCAUCGCAGCACACCUGCACGAGCCGCGUGAACUACACUUUCCCCCGUUCGCGCCGUCGACGCCGCAGAGAAUCUCUUCGGAAGACCUAGCAGAGGCUCUUCGCCCUCACCUUCUGCCACCAGAGCGGAUGUGGGCAUUAGGAUAUCCCCUGGAAAUAGAGCCAGACUCAUUGAAGGCAGUGUUCUACAUAAAUCCGCCGCUUCGAUCGCGACCCCUACCGUAUACCGUAUCGACGUGGGACGUUAACGCUCCGGAGUUCGUGCCAAGCGAUUCAUAUGGUGACAGCGGGCAAGGUUCGUGGGGCUCAACUUCACGGUCCGACAGUGAAGAAGAAACCGAUGCCGUGGAUGUACAUUUGUGUGUGCGUUGCAAUAACGUAUAUGAAGUGACUCGCGAAGGCGAUUAUUUAAAAAAGGAGUCGUGUAUGUACCACUGGGGCCGUCUCAUGGGAGACAGGUAUACAUGUUGUGAGGCGGUGUUCGGUACCAGAGGUUGCACACUAGCAUGCUUCCACGUAUGGAGUGGUACACGACCGGGUAUGAACGGGCCUUUUGAGGGAUAUGUACGAGCGCGUUCACCACGCGGAGGAGUAUAUGCGCUCGACACAGAAAUGUGUUAUACAACGGCAGGAUUGGAACUAACGAGUAUUGCCGUUAUAGCACCAGAUGGCCGACUAGUAUAUAAAGCAUAUGUUAAACCAGAGUCGCCUGUUGUUGACCACAAUACCCGGUUCUCAGGCAUCAGGCCGCGCGACUUGGGUCGCGCGACCAAGACUUUAAGAGAUGUGCAGAACGACAUACUAGGAUUCGUUGGAACCGAUACGAUACUGAUUGGCCACGCUUUAGAUAACGACCUCAGAGCGUUGAAAUUAUUACAUAGUGCAGUACUGGACACAUGUGUAUUAUACCCUCACGCCAAAGGCUUCCCAUUAAAGCGAUCGUUACGUGAUCUUUCUAAGGAAUUCCUUGGAAGAAUCAUACAGCAUGACAUCGCAGGUCAUUCGCCUUUAGAAGAUGCUCGGGCAGCUAUGGACUUGGUUCUUCUUAAAGUGCACGAGGAGAGAGAGAACCAUGCGCUCGAAUGGAAUCAAUCGCACGUUUUGUAACCGAAUGAUCAACCAGUCAGUGCCGCGUAAAUUAUAUAGUGAUAAUUUGAAACAAUUGUUCUAUAAACUAUGAUUUACUACUAUGUUAUGUUGUAUAGAGUGAAACGAUAUUUUUGUGACUAUAACGUUGACGGAGAGCGCGUACUGAAUAGUAUGUGCUUUCGGAUUGCAUUCAGGCAAUAAACGUGUUAUUUUUUUAUUUUUUUUUUUUUUAAUUUAUUUAAUCCUCCUAUCCAACCCAAAUUGUUUUAUAAUUAUUGGUUAGGGAUCAGCCAGGGAGCCUUGUUCUAAAGAAAGGGCAGCGUUAUAAUUAUAAAUGUACACUAACUAAUAUUAUAAAAAGGAAAGAUUUGUGUUUUUGUGUGUAUGUAUGUUUGUAAUGAAUAAACUCAAAAACUACUAUGCCGAUUUCAAAAAUUCUUUCACGAUUAGAAAGCUACAUUCACGCUGAGUAACAUAGGCUAUAUUUAUUGCUAGAAAAUAUUAGGGAUGCUUACUAAAACUUUAGUAACGUAACUCAAGGUGUAAAAAACAAUGCUAUAAAAUAUCUUUCGUCGCAUGCGCUGCGGAAACUAUUGGUGAUAGAACAAAAGUAUGUUCUGCAAUAUUAAAGAAAAUAUCGAUAAACAGAGUGUCCGGUAAUGAAUGGAUAACCUUGAAACGUUUUAUAGUUCAACUUAUGGCCGUUCCAAGAAAUUCGAAACAAAAUAUAAGUAGUACCUUUGUUAUCUAUAUUUUAAAGAAAGUAAAUUUAUUUUACUAUGACCAUGAAAUGAAUGAAUUCUAUUGGUCUUUUGUUGUUUUAUUAUUAUACACUAACUGUAGUGAUAGAUAGAAAGUGAAUAGUAGGACUAGCUUGCAGUUUUUUUUUAAUACGCAAACUAAUUUUUUUUUUGAUGGGUGAAAAUGGUAUGGUAACCCCGCCUGCGCUAACGGGAUACGCUGGCGGAGCAUCAGUGAAGAUGAUAAAUUCAUCAGGAAUUAACCAUAAUAGUUUCCAGGGGGAACCGCGAG